AUGACCAUGAGAUCUCAAUUCCACUUUCUCCUCACUCUCUUCUCUCUAUUUCCUUCAUCAUCUUUCUCCACCUGCAACCAUCUUGAUAAAAAAGGUCUCUUAUCAUUAUCAACCCAUCUCUCAUCCCCACCUUCAAAUCCCUUAAACUGGUCAUCUUCAUCAGAUUGCUGCAAUUGGGAAGGAAUCACUUGUAAUUCCGGCCCCCGCCGUCGAGUCACCGGAAUAAACCUACCUUCUAGAGGCCUCAAAGGUCACCUCACCUCCCUUAAUUUCUCUUCCUCACUCACUCAUCUCAUCAUCUUCAAUUUAAGCUUCAAUCUUCUCUCCGGACAAUUCCCAUCUUCUUCACCAUUUCCUCCCUCAAUCAAAACCCUCGAUUUAUCAAGCAAUUACUUUUCCGGCACCAUCAAAUCAUCCUUCUUUCACAACACGUUUAAGAAAGGUGAGUUCUUUAGCAUUGCUAAUAACAGCUUCUCCGGUUCGUUUCCCUUCUCUUCUGUAUGUGUCAGGUCCUUAGAUAUCUCUCGUAACAAAUUUAAUGGCGAGAUUUCAAAUAAUUCCUUCAUGGGUUGUCUCAAGAUUGAAGUUUUUCGAGCGGGUUUUAAUUCUUUAUCGGGAUUAUUCCCUCACUCUGUUUACAACCUUAGAAACCUCUCUGUUCUUGAACUUUAUGAAAACCAGUUCACCGGAAAUCUCUCCGACGAAAUUGGAAACCUGGAAAAGCUUGAGAAGCUGAUCAUUUUCAGCAACAAUCUAACCGGCUUAUUACCUCCUUCUCUAAUGAAUUGUGUAAAUCUCGUCGAGAUAAAUCUACGUAACAAUAAACUCGAAGGCGAUAUCUCCAGUUUGAAUUUCUCCAAACUAAAAAAACUCCGACUGCUAGACUUCGACGCCAACGAAUUCACCGGAAUGUUCCCCGAAAGUCUUCAAUUGUGCGAAUCAUUAGUCGCGAUUCGUCUCCCACAGAAUCACAUCAAAGGAGAGAUCUCAACCGGCAUGGUAAAACUUCCAUCUUUGGCACAUCUUUCAGUUUCGACUAAUAACCUGACGAACAUAAACCACGCUAUCAGUACUCUAAUGGGCUGCAAGAAUCUGAGCAUCGUCAUUCUCUCUCAGAAUUUCUUCGACAAAGAAAUGCCUGACAGUGAGGAAUUCAUGAAUCUCGGUGGAUUCCAGAAUCUAAAGCUUCUUAGUAUUGGCGGUUGCAGGCUCAAAGGGAAGAUACCCGGUUGGCUGAUGAACAUGAAGAAGCUUAAAGUACUCGAUCUUUCGUAUAACCAGUUAACAGGUCCCAUUCCUUUGUGGUUAGGAAGGCUGCCGAGUCUCUCCCACGUAGUUUUCACCGGAAAUCUCCUCUCCGGUGAGAUUCCGAUGGAAAUCACACAAAUCCCAAGCUUAACUUCCGAUGAUAACUCGUCGGAUUUCAAUAAUCUAUACUUACCCAUUUUUACAGGUCCAAACUAUCUGCAAUACAACCGGUUGUACAAUCUCCGGCCAGCUAUAAUUUUAAACGACAACAACCUUAGUGGUCGAAUACCCGUUGAGAUAGGACGGCUGCAGAGUAUUCACAUCUUGGACCUUAGCCAGAACAAACUGUCGGGGACAAUACCAGGCGAGCUUUCGAACAUCAAUAGGCUUGAAAUUGUAGACCUUUCUAGAAACAGUUUGUCGGGUGAGAUCCCGACGUCACUCGGGAGCCUGCAUUCGUUGUCAUCGUUUAAAGUAGCAUAUAAUCAUCUCCAGGGAAGAAUUCCGAUGUCAACUCAAUUUCAGACAUUUCCUAUCUCGUACUUUGAAGGAAAUCCUGAGCUUUGUGGAUCCCCUCUUCCAAAUGAAUGUCUUCCUCCAAAUGGGAAAAACGAAACCGGUGAAACCUUAGCUGAUCAUGAUCUUUACAUUAGCAUGGGAAUUGGCUAUUUCACGGGGCUGUUGAUUCUAUCCGCCACUUUGGUUUUCCAUGCAUCGUGGAGACAGGCAUAUUUCCUGUUUCUAUUCGAUCUUUUCUCAAAAAUAAGGGAGAAAUUGCGACAUAAUUCAUAG